AUGAUAUCCUUUCUUGACUUGCCGGGUGAAAUCCGGUUAAUCAUUUAUGCUUACUUGCUGCACCCAAACGACUAUCUCAGCGGGUACCGACAGAUCGAGACUAUGAUCACAGCACACACGGACCGAUCUCGAGGACCUAGCUGUGCUGACCCUCGCUAUUAUGUUGAGCGGUAUACACCUUCAAUUCUGCUCUUGAACAAACAAAUAACCAGCGAAGCCCUCGAUGUUCUACAUCGAAUACCACUCAAUCUGGAAGGUACUCCAGGUACAUACCUAGCCAUGCGUCAGAUGGACAUCACCGAGUUUAUCAGUGAAGAGCUGCUUCAAAAUAUGCAUUACGCCAUUCUAAGACUAGACACUGCACACAAGCAUUUCGUCUUGCCACUACUCGACAUUUGGGGACAAAAAAACAGCCUGAAAAGACUUGAUGUAUAUCGUCCGAAGGCAACUCCUAUCCCACGAGAUCAUUGGAGAGUUGUGAAGAACAGGAUACGAACUUUCUCGACCACAGUGCCUGUUGUCUGGCACAAGGUUGAUAAUCCUCUUAACGCCGGUGUUUGA